AUGUCGACAGAAGCAGCAGGGCCUCUCAAGUUCCCCCUCCUGGCCCCCACGCCAGAAAGCAAACCCAAGCCCCGUCCCGUCCUCACAGAACAACAACAACAAAAAUACGACUCGCUCCUCACCCAAGCCAAAUCCUGGACCGAGAUUCCCAUAGCUCAAGACGGCAAACCCACCACCACCCCCGUCACCGAAGUCGACAAGCUCUGGCUCACCCGCGACUGCCUCCUCCGCUACCUGCGCGCCACCAAAUGGGACGAACCCAGCGCCUCCAAACGCCUCCUCGAAACCCUCGCCUGGCGCCACACCUACGGCGUCAACGCCCUCACCCCGGAGCAAAUCUCCCCCGAAAACGAAACGGGCAAGCAAAUCAUCCUCGGCUUCGACAAGGAAGCCCGCGUGUGCCACUACCUCAGCCCCGGACGCCAAAACACCGAGGCUUCCCCGCGGCAAGUCCAACACCUUGUAUUCAUGCUCGAGCGCGUGAUCGACCUCAUGCCUGCCGGCCAGGAAACCCUCGCGCUGCUGAUCAACUUCCAGUCGUCCAAGUCCCGCUCCAACACGGCGCCCAAUCUGAGCAUGGCGCGCGAGGUGCUGAAUAUCCUGCAGCAUCACUACCCGGAGCGGUUGGGGAAAGCGCUGAUUAUUAAUAUGCCGUGGAUUGUGACGGGGUUUUUCAGGUUGAUCACGCCGUUUAUUGAUCCGAAUACGAGGGAGAAACUCAAGUUUAAUGAGGAUAUGGCGAAGUAUGUUCCUGUGGAGCAGAUGUGGUCGGAGUUUAGCACGGGGAAACUCGAGUUUGAGUAUGACCAUGAGGUGUACUGGCCGGCGCUGCAGGCGUUGUGUGAGGAGAAGAGGGAGGCCAGGCGGGAACGGUGGGUCAAGGGGGGUAGUCAGAUUGGUGAGUCGGAGGAUUAUCUUGCAGGGGCGAGCGAGGUUGGUGUGGCGGGGGUGCAAGACAAGGCAGAGAAGGAGGUGAAAGACGAAAAGGGGGCUGGAGAGGAGGAAAAGAAGCCGGUUGAGGGGGAACAGAAGGUGGUUGAGCCGGAAGUGGUGGCUGAGAAGACGCCUCAGGUAGAGGCUGUCCCUGAGACUGCGCCGGUUGCCGCCUAG